AUGGCGAUAGCUGUGGUGGGAAUUCUCUCCGAGAAGAUCGCGAUUCCUUGGGCGGACAUUCUGCGCGUGGCGGCAAUGAACGUGGCAGCGGCAGUGUGGAAGGAAUUUCACCGGGUUGCAUGGGCACAGGUCGUGGCACGAGUCCACCUAGAGGACAUCCUCCCAGCGACGAAGAUGAACUCAGCGGCGACGGCGGUGGACAUGGCAGGGGUUCUCCAAGUGGCUAUCCUUCUAGCGAUGAAGACAACGAUCGACGUUCAGUGGAGGGCAAUUCUCGGCCCGGCAACGGUGAAGGUCGUGGUGGGAGUUCGCCCAGAGGACACCCUCCAAGCGACGAAGAUGAACGCGGUGGUGCCUCUGUGGGAGGACUUUCUCCGCUCACCGACGGCGGUGGACACGACAGGGGUUCUCCAAGUGUCUAUCCUUCUAGUGAUGAAGACAACGAUCGACGUUCAGUGGAGGGCAAUUCUCGGCCCGGCAACGGUGAAGGUCGUGGUGGGAGUUCGCCCAGAGGACACCCUCCAAGCGACGAAGAUGAACGCGGUGGUGCCUCUGUGGGAGGACUUUCUCCGCUCACCGACGGCGGUGGACACGACAGGGGUUCUCCAAGUACAACGAUCGACGUUCAGUGGAGGGCAAUUCUCGGCCCGGCAACGGUGA